CGUUUUUAUUCAUUUAACAUCUCAGUUUUAAGAAGCCUGUGUGUGUGUGUGUGUGUGUGUGUGUGUGUGUGUGUGUGUGUGCAGGUGAAUCUGAGUGCUGGUCACCGGUUUGACAAGGACGUGGAGCUGUUUGUGUAUUAUGAGAAUUCCCAUCAGCCCACAGCUGUGGUGGAGGCAGGAUCCUCUGUGGCUCAGUCAGGGUCUCUGAUGGCUGACCCGGCCCUUAUGAUCAGUUUGUACCCAGAGUUCCCUGCGAGUGUGAUGUCAUCACUGGCGUCACGGGGCGAGUUCGUUUUUGUGGUCGACAGAUCAGGCAGUAUGGACUGCAAGAUGCAUCACGGAAAUGACGCACAGAUGCGCAUCGAAAGCGCAAGAGACACACUCCUGCUGCUGCUGAAGAGUCUGCCCAUGGGAUGUUACUUCAACAUCUACGGAUUCGGAUCCCACUUCGAGUCCUUCUUCCCUCAGAGUGUUGUGUACAGUGAGGACACGAUGGAAGAGGCUCUGAAGAGAGUGAAGAGCAUGAACGCAGACAUGGGCGGCACAGAGAUCCUACGGCCCCUGAAACACAUCUACAGUCAGCCCUGUUACCCAGAUCACCCCCGACAGAUCUUCAUCUUCACCGAUGGAGAGGUGUGGAACACUAAGGAGGUGUUGGAUCUGGUGAAGGCCCACGUUUACUCUCACAGGUGCUUCUCCUUCGGGAUUGGUGAGGGUGCAAGUACGGCUCUCAUCACAGGAAUGGCCAGAGAAGGUUCUGGACACGCUCAGUUCAUCACAGGCACUGACCGCAUGCAGCCCAAAGUGAUGCAGUCGCUCAGAUUUGCUCUUCAGCCGGCCGUGGAUAAUAUCUCUGUGGACUGGACCGUCCCCAAAGGCAUGAAGGUGGACAUGCUGUCCCCUCCCAUCAAUACUCUGUUCCAGGGUCAGAGGGCGCUCAUCUACGCUCAGAUUAAAGGACGGAGUUCAGAAAAGAAAGAAGGAGCUGUAACCGUGAAAUACAGGCUGAAAGAUCAACCGGUGACUAAUCAGCUGCAGUUUACUCUUGAACCAACUGAGGACACAGGGUACACACACACACACACACACACACACUUUCUCUCU